AUGGAUGUUGCAAAAGAAAUAAGGCAAGCCACUAAGGCUUGGAUAUUUUUUGCAUAUACUAAAGUUGAUAUGCAGGUGCCAUUUAUGCCAGAUGUGUUCAGUCAGUGCUUAUCGACUGCUGGUCCAGCUGCUAUCGGCUACGGUGCUGGUCUCUGGGGUUCCAGGGGUUGUGGUCUAAAUUCCGGACUUUCUUCUAUUGGAGCGUAUGGUCUAGACGGUAUUGCAGGUCCUGGAGCUGGUCUGCUCGCUUGGGAUUCUGACUACGGCUUAUCCUCAGCAGCUUACGGUGGUUCUGGCAGCGGUGAUGUAUUAGUGUUUGGGCAACUGCCCGUUGCUGGUUCCACACUGGUCGGUGGACAGGUGCCCAUCCUGGGCUCUGUUUGUUUCGAUGGAGCUGUCCCUGCUGCUGGGUCGGAUGUGUUCAGUCAGUGCUUAUCGACUGCUGGUCCAGCUGCUAUCGGCUACGGUGCUGGUCUCUGGGGUUCCAGGGGUUGCGGUCUAAAUUCCGGACUUUCUUCUAUUGGAGCGUAUGGUCUAGACGGUAUUGCAGGUCCUGGAGCUGGUCUCUCGGCUUGGGGUUCUGACUACGGCUUAUCCUCAGCAGCUUACGGUGGUUCUGGCAGCGGUGAUGUAUUAGUGUUUGGGCAACUGCCCGUUGCUGGUUCCACACUGGUCGGUGGACAGGUGCCCAUCCUGGGCUCUGUUUGUUUCGAUGGAGCUGUCCCUGCUGCUGGGUCGGUUUGCAUCGCUGGCAGUUGCGGUUGCGGAUGCAAUGGUUACGUCUAC